UCACCAGCACCACACCAACCAUUUAAAAAAAAAAAAGCAGGCAAGAAAAGAAAAAAUCCCAAAGCAAGGAAGGACAACCCCAGAAAAGGACUCACUUUGCCUGAUGACUCAACGCAACUAAUAAUCAUUUGUCUCCUCUCUGGCGAAUCCCUCGUGUUGUUCCUGCCGCCGCCGCCGCCGCUCUUGCUGCCUGGCGGAGGGAGAGAUUGAAAGUGACACAUCGGGCGCUGCUGCCUGCUCGGCGGCGACCAGAGCACCGGCUCCUGCUGCCUCUUUUCCAGCUCGCCCAGGAUAGCGUCCCAUCUCCCCCCCCCCCGCGUUUAGAGGCAUCCUCUCCACCCCCUUUUCUUCUCCCCUCCCCCCUUUGAUUUCUUCGUCUGUUUAUUUUUUUAUUUUGCUAAAGGUGAGAGACAUUAGUAUUUCUCUCUCCCUCCUCCUCCUCCUCUACUCCCCCUUCCGCUUCUUUCCCUCGCCGAUCCCAGGGCUCCCUCGCCUCUUCCCUUGCAUUCGCCACCUCGGACGUCCUUUGGGGAAGAGCCCUUUCCUCCGACCAUCCAAGCAGUCUCUGGCGCAAGACCACGAGGCAUCCUGACCUGCGAGCGUGACCCUCCCACCCCUCCCCUCCCCCCAAAAGCAUCGGGACUUGAGGUGGCGGUGGGUUGGUUGGGGGAGACGAGCUAGACGAGAACGAAGACCACGUACAAAGAGGAGCCAAGAAAACUUUCCACCCUGGAUUCUCUACUUUUGAUCCAUGGACAGAGCCCAACUCAGCCAAGUUACGGACAGACUAUAAGCAGUCCUUGCUCAUUUUAUUGUGAUCUGCCUGUGGGAACAUUGUCGCCAACUCCAAGUAGCAUGGACCGGAGAAGUGAGAGUCCCUGCCUAAGGGAUAGCCCAGACAGAGGGAGCGGCAGCCCUGAUGUCAAAGGUCCUCCCCCGGUGAAGGUGCCCAGACUUGAACAGAAUGGGAGCCCUAUGGGAGCCCGAGGGAAGCCCAAUGGCUCUGUCACCAAAUCAGUGGGAGGUUUGAUGAUUCCUGUCUUUUGUGUGGUGGAGCAGCUGGACACUUCUCUCGAAUAUGAUAAUCGAGAAGAACAUGCAGAAUUUGUUCUGGUUCGCAAAGAUGUGCUUUUUAGUCAGCUGGUGGAGACAGCACUCCUGGCUCUCGGAUAUUCUCACAGCUCUGCUGCUCAGGCACAAGGUAUAAUCAAACUCGGGAAGUGGAAUCCUCUUCCGCUUAGUUAUGUAACAGAUACACCCGAUGCUACAGUAGCCGACAUGUUACAAGAUGUCUAUCAUGUUGUGACAUUGAAAAUUCAAUUACAAAGUUGUUCAAAGCUGGAAGAUUUGCCAGCAGAGCAGUGGAACCAUGCCACAGUCCGCAAUGCCUUAAAGGAGUUGCUCAAAGAGAUGAAUCAGAGCACGUUAGCCAAAGAAUGCCCUCUCUCCCAGAGUAUGAUAUCAUCCAUUGUAAAUAGCACAUACUAUGCCAAUGUGUCAGCAACCAAGUGCCAGGAAUUUGGGAGAUGGUAUAAAAAGUACAAGAAGAUUAAAGGGCUUGAGGAUGCACACUCCUUUCUGGGGCCAUUGCAUAUGAUUUUUCCUGUGGAAAGAGUUGAAAGAGACAACCUGUCAGAAUAUUGUGUUCUUGGUCAGCGUCCCAUGCACUUACCAAAUAUCAACCAGCUGGCAACCUUGGGCAAAACAAAUGAACAGUCUCCUCAUGGUCAAAUUCACCACAGUACUCCAAUCAGAAAUCAAGUGCCAACAUUGCAACCAAUCAUGAGCCCUGGUCUUCUUACACCUCAACUCAGUCCACAACUUGUUAGACAACAGAUAGCAAUGGCCCACUUGAUAAACCAGCAGAUUGCAGUAAGCCGGCUGCUUGCUCAUCAACACCCGCAGGCUAUUAACCAACAGUUUCUAAAUCAUCCACCCAUCCCUAGAACAGUCAAACCAGAGCCAACAAACUCAUCAGUGGAAGUAUCUCCAGAUAUCUACCAGCAAGUCAGGGAUGAGUUGAAGAGGGCCAGUGUAUCCCAAGCUGUCUUUGCAAGAGUGGCUUUCAACCGCACCCAGGGAUUGCUAUCAGAGAUACUGCGUAAAGAAGAAGACCCUAGAACAGCUUCCCAGUCCCUCCUGGUAAAUCUGAGGGCUAUGCAGAAUUUCCUCAACCUGCCUGAGACAGAACGAGAUCGUAUAUAUCAGGAUGAGAGAGAGAGGAGUAUGAACCCCAAUGUGAGCAUGGUGUCUUCAGCUGCCAGCAGUCCAAGUUCCUCCAGAACCCCCCAGGCCAAAACCUCGACACCGACAACAGACCUCCCCAUUAAGGUGGACGGAGCCAACAUCAACAUCACAGCUGCCAUUUACGACGAGAUCCAGCAGGAGAUGAAAAGGGCCAAGGUGUCUCAGGCUCUGUUCGCCAAAGUGGCUGCCAAUAAAAGUCAGGGCUGGCUAUGUGAGCUCCUCCGUUGGAAGGAAAAUCCAAGUCCGGAAAAUCGUACACUUUGGGAAAAUCUGUGCACCAUUCGGCGCUUCCUGAAUCUUCCCCAGCAUGAGAGGGAUGUGAUCUAUGAAGAGGAAUCCAGGCAUCACCACAGUGAACGCAUGCAGCAUGUUGUCCAACUUACCCCUGAGCCUGUGCAGGUACUUCAUAGACAGCAAUCCCAGCCAGCAAAGGAAAACUCACCUCCAAGAGAAGAGGCUCCACCCCCACCCGUGGAGGACACAUGUACCAAAAAAACAAGAUCCCGUACUAAAAUUUCUUUAGAGGCUUUGGGCAUCCUUCAAAGUUUCAUCCAUGAUGUUGGGCUCUAUCCAGAUCAGGAGGCCAUCCACACUUUAUCUGCUCAGUUGGAUCUGCCUAAACACACCAUCAUCAAAUUCUUCCAGAACCAGCGUUACCAUGUAAAACACCAUGGGAAGCUAAAAGAGCACAUGGGAACUGUGGUGGAUGUGGCAGAAUACAAAGAUGAGGAGCUGCUGACUGAGUCAGAGGAGAAUGACAGUGAGGAGGGUUCUGAGGAAAUGUACAAAGUGGAAACUGAAGAAGAUAAUCCUGAAAAAAACAAGGCAACCGCUUCAGAAACUGACCAGAGAUAAUGUGAAAACAUCAAAGGCAAAGCAAUACAUUGAUCCGAGCUCCUUUUUUUCCCCUUUUCCUUUUUUCUUUUAAAAAAAACGUGUUUUGGGUUUUUUCAGUGCACAUAAGAGUAUGUGCAAAUUGAAAGAUUAUUUUGCAUAGCCCAAUCAGACAUUCCCUUGUAACAGGCACUUGAGUUAAUUUUAUGUUUGACUGAGACAAUGUUAAUUGUAAUUCAUGUAUGAUUACAUCAUCAUUAACCUUGCACUUGUGAAAGGAACCUCUAGCAAGUUACAGGAAGAAACAGACCUAUGAAAUCAAUGAAGGAAAUGAUAACAACAUAUGUGUCUGUAUAUAUAUUUUAUAUAUGUAUAAAAUAUAUAUAUAUGAACUUUUCAUGGGACAUAAUUUUACAAUCUGAAAGUAUAGACUGUGAAAUGAGCUCGUUAAAAGAUGAGUCUUGUUUAUGUAUUAAAAAACCACUUCACAAUGAGUUGCUUUGGCUUUUAGAUUAACUGCUGCCUGCUCUCAGGGUGUGGUUACUAUUUUGAAAUACCUAUUUAUUUUCUGUUUAUCCCUGAUAUUUUUUAAUUCUUAUUGUGGCUUCCACUUUGGCAGCUUAAUGGGUAAUUUUUGAGGUAUGCGUUUAAAAUCCUAGAGCAACACUGCCAAAAAAUAAAAGUGAGCGAGAAGUUGAGAGAAAAUGGGGGACAAAAUCAGGGCACCUUAACAAAUAAAAUCCCAAACCUAGUAACUUUAAAAAACUUUAGUACACGAUGCACACUUCAAGUCAUGGAGCAUGUUUUGUUCUUUAUAAUUUCUGUAGCAAACGGAUGAAUUUUCAUGGACUUUGCAGUGAAAAAAACCAGUGCACAGUAGAAUUUGCUUACUAGAAUGGUCUUUAUGAAAAGUUGCUUUUAUGAAAUUUAAUGUGUGGAAUUAUACAUUGAGUCCCAUUUUUUAGUGGUAUGUGUUUUGGAGGUGCAGACCAUCUACACUGUUGCUGUGCAACUGCUGUCAGUUUCAGUGGGGCGUGUGCAGCUGCAGUUCUUGUUCCUUUGCUCCUCUAGUGUUUGUCUGAUAUUAAUGUGUAGGGAAAUUAUUCAUUAUAUAUGCUGAAAUUGCUUUUCAAGAAAGCUUUCACAAAUGAAAUCAUAAAACUAUAUCACAUCUAUCACUCUGGGCAAGUUUGAUUAGUUCUUAAUCAGUCAAAGGGUCUGACGGUUCUCUGGUGCUGAAUUUCCUUCUGUACCUCCUUUAAUUUUGUGUGUGUGCUGCAUUUCGAGUCUUAAGGCUCAUUAUCUCAAUGAGACGAAACAUUGUCAGCCAACGGUCUCCCAAGGUAUGGUCUUCAUGCGGUGCAUGACAGACUUGGUGGGAACACAUUUUCUGAACUUGCUGCAGUUCUGGGUAGUAAGAGCAAACCAAGAAAUUUCCGUGUAGUCACUUACUUGUCAUAAACUGAAACCUUUUCCCAGCGACCUAGCAUAGCAAUUCCAUUACAUAAAGCAGAACUAAUGCUGACUGACUCUUCAAUAGUUCAAGCAUUAAAGCUGCAAUUUACUAUAGUUUCCAACAGGUUUUUGAAGCCGUGGUGACACCAGCAGUGUUGCUGUUCCUCCACAUUUUUUAAAAAAAUGAUAUUUUGACUUUCUUCUUUAUGUGUCUAGGUGGCUAUUUGGAUUUUUAAACUCAUUGGUAGGCUUCCUUUUGACACGUGCUUUGUAACUUUUAACAAAGACCUCAUGCAAUAUCACUUGGAAAGCUAUUUUAUGUUUCUUGCACAGGUAUUGUAAUAUAUAACUGUUAAUACUAUUUAUAUAUUUGAAAGGUAUAAAAGGCAGGCAUUAAAACAAUUCUCUGUAUAGAUAGUUCCCAAGAACGUAACAACAUACAGGGAGACGACGUGUUGCAAUACAAGCUAAUUCUAGCUGCUCAGUAACCUCUAGAGUUUUUAAAGGGACUUUUCCAAAAUCAAUAUUUGAAACCCACAGCAUAUCUGUAUCCAUUUCAUAUAUCCUUGAAAAAAAAAAGUUGGCUUGCCGACUUAAACUUUUCUCCCUUUAUUUCUGUAGUAUGCUGCAGCUUUAAUCAAAAAUUCAGUAGGCGCUGCUUUAUGUUCUGUUUUGAGUUACUCUUUUUAAUCUGUUAUCAGAAACUCUUGUUGAAAUCACUACAUAUAUGUAAUAUGGUCAACACUCAUAAGGUUAUUCAUCUCUUUGAUGGCAUCAGCAUUGGUUUGUUUUUUAAAAACACUUCAACCAAAAAAAUUAGUAGGUAUUUUUUUCAAUGCUGAGUCUUGCCUUUUUUUUCCACUGCCAAUUUUUGCAGUGGUUCUUCUAAGUGAAUCUGUGGGCAUUUUCGCCUGUGGUCUUGCCAGAACUUUGCGAAUUACAAUGCAUAUAUGUCUAUUUAUUCAAUAUUCAUCAUAUAAUAUCUAUUUGGAAAAAGAAUCUUUUCUUGUAGUGCCUCUUAACAAAGCACAAUUUCCGCCUUUUUUGUGAAAUAAGAGAAAACUAAAAAAAAAUUGUGUUAUUGCGGUAUCAACAAUGUGAAUGAGGAUUAACAUAUUGUAAAUGUUCUUUUUCCAUGUAAAUCAACUUGAUCUUUGUUAUCACUAAGUGAUAAUUAAA